GCUAGGGGCAUUCAUGAGAUGCGAUUCUUCCUCUCAGAUUCAGUUCUGUUCUCGCUUUUGAUUUAACUAGACAUUUUCGUUUUCGUUUGGAAGUAACAAAAUAUAAUUUUUAUAACGCGCGUGGCGGCGGCGGUUUUCCGUUUUGUUCUUCUUCCAUCUCUUCCUCUAUGUUUUCAUUUUUACUCAAUGUGCGCUGAUAUUAUUUUGUGCUUUUUCAAACAAACAAAAAAAAUAAGAAAAAAUUCAUUGCGGGAUCUAAUUUUAGAUGAAUUUUGAGAUUUUAAUUUUUUAUUUUAUAUCUCAAUAAAUUAACAAAAAAAUACGUUAUUUGUUAAUUUGGCGGUGGAAUAUUUAAUUAAAAAUGUGAUUUCAUAGUGAAAAUUGAAAAUUCAAAAAAGAAUAAGGAAGAAAAUAAAUUCUUAUCAGUCAACGAAGUGUUCGUGAGUUGUUUUCGUUCAGCUCAGCUAACUCAAAGCCACAAUAAAUAACACCCAAAAUAUUCGUAUAAGCAGAAAGUUUAUGUUUCGUUAUUUGUGCGGAUUAAAGAUUCAUUGAAAUUUAUUAAAAAAAAUAAUGAUAAGUUGCACAUUCAUUAGAUAAAAUAGAAACGCACAUCGUAAUAUAUAUGUAAAAUUUACGCGUGCUGCACCAAUAAAAAACAUGACUCACAUAAAAUUGUCGUCAGUUGAAUGAAGCAAGAAAAAAAAAGAACAAAUCAAAGGAAUUAAAAUCAAGAAAACUCAAGCCAAAAAAAGUACUUUGACUAAUCUUAAAAACGAUGAGUUUUUUGUUAUCUUUAAAAUUUAAUGUUGGGUUUAACUUGAAAGCAACAAUAAUUAAAAUGGAAACAAAUCUGAAAUCAAGAAAAUCAGAGUAGUAAACAACAAAUAAGUCAAAAUGUUGUGACAAUGUGAAAAAUUAUACAUGAUAAAUGAUAUUUUGAAUCAAAAGUGAAACUUGGUUAAAAAAGUCUUCUAUCAAAAUAAAAAAAAAAAACACCAAAGCAACAAAAGAGAGAAAGAUCAAAGCGAUUUUUAGUUUUUUUUUUGUUUUUGUGAAAGUUUUCUUUGUAUUUUGUGUUUUUAAAAUAUUCGUUUUGCUGUCAAAAUAAAUUCAAAUAAUAGAAAUAUAAAACAUAUUUAUUUAACUAAUUAAGUGAUUGACAAAACAAAAAACAAGAAUAAACAACUACAACAAUAAUAACCAAAAUGGCUGGAAUAUUUCGAAGCCAUUCUGUUAGCGCAACACCAGUUAAACGAACAUCGUUAAGUCCUUUUUGCACUAGUCCAGGACAACUUCAAGAUGUUACAAUGGAUAAUUCAUAUGCCAUUGGAUACCGAUCACCAUGCGUUAGCUUACAACAGUACAAUGGCACAACAUCGCCGGCACAAGGUCGUUCGGUUCGUGAAUUCGAAGAACAAAUGGCCUCUUUACGUAAAGAGAAUUUCAAUCUUAAGCUGCGCAUUUAUUUCAUCGAAGAAAGCAUUCCCGGUUAUAAUCAAUCGAAUAAUUCCGAGGGUCAAGAGACUCUCAUGAAACAAUUAAUCGAUACAAAGGUGGAAAUGGAAAUUCUGCGAAAAGAAAUCCACGAGAAACAAGAUCUUCUCAAGGAAGCCGCUCAGGCCUUAAAUCAAAUGGAAUUAAUUCAAAAAGAUACCGAAGCUAAGAGUCAAGCCAUUAUCGAUGACCUAAAUCAUAAAAUUCAAUAUUUAGAGAUUGAAAACAAAGAAAUGGAAAAAUCGCAAUCCGGAAAAUUGAUGGACGAACUUCUAGGACGAUCUGACUUAUCCUCAAAUAUAAAUGCUGUUCAGAAAAUUCGUGAACUUGAAGGCACCGUAAGACAGUCAGAAGAGAAAAUCAACGAUUUCCAAAACCAAAUUCAUAAACUCGACGAAAUUCUAACACAACGCGAUCAAACAAUACGAGAAUGUGAGGACAAAGUCAAAGAGCUAGUAUUCCAGAAUUCAGAACUAUUGGAACAGCUCGAAAAUAAGGACAAAGAAAUUGCCACCGCUGAGAGAUCUUUGCAAGGCAUACGCCAGAACAACAAAGAUCUUAGUGACGAAAAUCAAACUAUCACCGAUACUCUUGAGGCAGUCAAGACGAAAUAUUUACGUGACAUGGCAAGUUUGAAUAUUUACGAAAAAACUAUCAAAUGUCAACAGGAAACGAUUGUGGGUAUGCAUUCCCAACGACUUCGCGAAGAACUUCAAGAUCAUAAACGACAAUUGGCCGAUAAAAUUUGUAUGCUAGAAGAAAAUGAAGAGAAACUCAAAACACAAACAACACAAAAUGAGCAAAAAGCCAAAGCCAUCCAGAAGCUGGUGUCAAGAAUUGAAAGCCAACAAUAUGAAAUCGAUAGACUAAAGAAGAAUAACACCAGUUCAUCGUCUCAUAUUAAAGAGCUUACCAAUAUGACCGAAUGCUCUGGACUAUGCCGCUCACUCAGCGACACCGAAACCAUUGCAGAAUCUACAAGCUUGCGGGCUCAAAUGGACAAAAUUAUCGAACAAAAAGAUGUCGAAAUUCGUAAAUUAAAUGCAGAAGUCAAAAAGAAGACCGCUAACCUACAGAACCUGGUCAACAAGGAACUGUGGGAGAAGAAUCGUGAAAUCGAGCGUCUUACAAAAUUGAUCAACAAAUCAAACUCUCUGCCAACAAGUCCGCAAAAAGAAACCGAACAGCUAAUGCAAUCCUUUACCGAUGUAGAGUAUGCUCAAGCUUUGGAACAAAAUAAAGUUCUCCAAAAGAAGGUAGACAUCCUUAUCCAAAGACUAGCUACACCACAAGCUCAUCCCUCUAGUGAGGCUACCAUAAAUAAAUUGAAAAAUGAAGUCAAAGAAGCCAAAGAAGAAGCUGAACGCUCAGAAAAAUGGCGUAAAGAAUGUGCUGAUGUUUGUAGCAUUCUUACAGCACGUUUGGAAGAACUAGCCGGAUUUUUAGACUCACUGCUAAAGCACAAAGAUGUCCUGGGUGCUUUGGCUGCUGAUAGACGUCGGGCGAUGCGCAAAGCUGUUGAUCGCAGCUUAGACUUGUCAAAGAGUCUGAAUAAUAUGUCGCUCUCGAUCACAGGCAUGUCAAUGAUGGAUCACAGUUUGGCACAGAUCAGCAAUCUGUCCGAAAUUCUUGACUUUAGUAUUGUGAAUAAAGAAAAUAAGACAUUUAAUUCGCAUGAAGAACUUCAUGGUCAGACAAUCGAAACACUUCAAGCUGAGCUAAAGGCUCUCAAGAAGGAACUAGACAGAACAAAGUACAAUGAAUCAAAGAGAGAUCGUCGUAGUUUGCCAACGGCAUUCGAAAACCAAUCCGAAUCUGAAGCAUGGUCGGAGCCAGAUAGAAAGGUAUCUAUGGCACGUAUAGGACUCGAGGAACCAAGAGUGGCAAAAGCAUGCAAAGAGGAACGCAGUACGGACAGUGAAAGCGAACUCAAUCAAAGCCGUUCUAAGUCAAAGACUCAGGAGAGAAUCGCACAGUUGGAGUCGAUGAUCUCACAAAAAGAUGAAAAGAUUCUUGAGAUCCAGUGCGAACUAGUCGAUGCUGAUAAUCGUUUGAAGAGAGAAAAUCUUCGAGUAAUCGAUAUGACAAAAGAACUGAAAGAACUCCGAAGCCGCAACGAAGACCUGCACAGUGAACUGACUGUCUACAGAAACAACCAGGUCACUGGCUUCGAUGCUAACUCCCUCACCAGACAGUUGGAUGAGAAAAAUCGUUCGUUGAUAAAGAUUCAAGAUGAACGUGACAGAAUCACUGUCGAUCUCAGGAUUUGUGAACUUCAAGUCGAGAAUAUGAAAGUCGAAAUUGAAGAACUGAAAAUGAAGCAUGAGAUGGCGCUAUCCCAAGCCACAGAACAAGAACAACAGAAACUUACCGAACUUAAAGAGCAUUUAACCAGCUUAAUGGAACAAAAACUUAAAGAACAGCAAGAACUUCAUGAGGAUGCACUAGCACGUGACUGGAUUGCUAAGUGUAUGUAUGAUGAACACAUACGCCAAUUCCAACAGCUGCAAAAGAAACUUGCAGAAUCAGAGAGUACAAUCGAAUAUCUCAAUGAAAAUGAGGCUGAAAUGAAGCAAACGUUGGUAGACAAUGAACUUUCCAUGCGUGCGCUCAAGAAGAACCUCGAUGAAACUACCCUGCAGGCAUCCAGGGCAGUGUUGGAACGAACAAAGGCGCUCAACGAUAAACUUCAAUUAGAAACUCGCACCCAAGAGCUGGCCGAUCAAAUUCAAACUCUGGAAGUUGAAAAGAGCGAAUUGGUGAAUAAAGUCAGCAAUUUGGAGCAGCAAAUGCUGGUGAAGAGAAAAUCUUCAAAUCACGGAAGUGAUAUUUCCCAAUCUGGCUACACAUCUGAGGAGGUUCUUGUUGGAACCGACCGAGUUGCUGCCGGAGGACAGCGUGUUAAUAAUUCAUCACCAGACCUUGGCAUUGAAUCCGAUGCCGGAAGAGUGUCAAGCGUUGAGCUAACCCAUGCACACUUAUCAAAACUAAAGACAGUGGAGUUGAAGACUAAACAGAUGAUUCAAGAAGAUGAAGAAACAAAUGUUGCUGCAACAACGACAACAAACACAACAACAGCAUCAAUAACUCCCUCAACACAUGAUUGUGCCAAGGUAGAUCAAGAGAAUGCUGAAUUGCGUUCAAAAUUAAUUCGCACAAAACGUGCCUUACAAGACACCGUUAAUAAAUUACGUACAUCUAACCAAAGAAAAGAACAAGUCGAAAAAGAAAUCAAAUCACAAAUUCUCAAAACUCACAAUGUACUCAAAAACGUUCGUUCCAAUAUGGAAAAUGAAUUGUAAUAACAUAGUGUUGGUUUUAUGGGUUUAAAUUAUUUAUUUUUUUUUUAAAUCAGCACAUCGCACUUUUAAUAAUUUUUUGUAUUUAACUAUAAUUUUAUGUAUUAAUUACUUGCAUUCAGGGUUCCUUUAUUUAUUUUUCCCGUUCCUAAAUUUAUAUUUUUUUUUUCUUUUAUAAAAUAUAACGAAGAAACAUUUUAGACUUUAACUCUGUAACAUUUUGUUUUUAAGUGAUGUUUGCUUGUGAACAAUUUUUUAAGGAUAUUGAAAUUUUGCAGUCAACAACCUUAUUUGAUAAAAAGAGCGACAUACGAGGCUUUCUUAUUCCUAUUAGAAUCAUAAGAGCAUGUCCAAGAAAGAAUGAAAUCAAAAGCUGAUGCAUUGCGAAUAUGAUUUUUUUUUCAAAACAGUUAAAAAGAAAAUAUUUUGAGGGCUUUUUUGGAAUAAGAACUAUUUAAACAUCAAAUUUAGUAACUACGUGACUGUCUAUCGUUGUUUAAUGCAAAUAUUUUUUCCUUUAAGAGAUUUUGGCAAAAUUUUAGUGCCAUAGUGUAUCCUUUAUUUUUUAAUAUUCAAUCAACGAAAACCAAUUCUCAUCUAUUCAAAAGAAAAGUUCUUACAAAACGAUGCAAUUUUGUUCAUCUUCUCAAGAAUUCCACUUCUAUUUUUUAAUCGUUAAAUAUUAAAAUAAAUGUCCACUAAAUAAAUAAACAACAUUAAAUUCUUUUAUAAAAACAUUUGAAACAUACAAAUAAACUUGUCUUACAAUGUCUCGUAAAGUUCAUCCCAGGGGAUACAAAAUUUGUCGGGACCAAACUAUUUUCAAUGUUGACACUAACUUACUUACUUAAAGUGGCGCUUUAGUCCGGGCGGACCUGUGCCUCACAAAUGUUGACACUAGUCACUUUUUUAAACAGUAACAGGUAACUCAUACCUUUUUAGUCCUUGUUGAAAAAUAAAGAAUAAAAGAUAAUUGCGUUGUCAUGCCUCUUUUCUUCAUCGUAAGACGUUGCUUUGUUGGGAUUUUCAGACAUCGGCAUCUGAAAUGCGUCUUACCAAUCAACUGUUUAUGUUUUAUACUUUUUUCUAUUUAAAAACAAAAAUACUUAGAAAACAAAGCAGUUUCUUUAAACAUGCCAAUGUUCCUCAUUCUAUAACUCUUAAAAUUCGAAGUUUUGUCAAAAAAUUUAAAAGCCAAAUUGCAUCCUGAUUUAGUAGCCAUAAUUUCGUAAAAACAAGAAUUGAAUAUUGAAUAGCAAAGUAUUUUAUUUUUCCUUUUCUUUUUUUAUAUAAAUAAACAAUUAAAUAUGCCAACUCAUGUAUGUAUGUAAAUCGAAAUUUAAUUUUUAAGUAAACAAAAAAGUGUCAUAUCAGGAAUAAUUUUAUCAUCAUAACUACAAAGAGUGAACAUCAUAAUAAUAUCUUCAUAAUUAUAUAAGGAAAUACAUAUAAUUAUUAUAAAUAUAAAUAUUUUUGCUCGGAUUAUUCGCUUUAUGUUUAUCACUCUAGAUGUACUUUAAUAUAUAAAAAAAAACUAUUAGUUAUAGGAUGUUUUUUAUGUAUGUUUAUCUCCUUAUCGUUCAUAUUGAAUGAUUUUAUAAACAAAAAUAUUUCUAAGAAUAGUGUGAUUAGUUUGAUUUUUAGUUACAAAAAUAAUUCUAAAAAAAGUUAAAUUACGUACCUAGUUUUAGUUAAUAAUAAUAAAAUUGAUAUUUUACUUUACUUUUUUAUUAAGAAGGCUUAUGAUAUGUUAAAAGAGCUUUAAUGACCUCUGCCGAUUUGGAUUCAUUGGAGCUUUUCUUUGUGAUUUAUUUUAUCGUCCAAUUUAAUUAGAAAUAAAAUAACCAAAAUCUA